AAAAGAGAGUAAUGAACAUGCCAACAUAAUUAAGUAAUUCUAAAAACCAUCAAUAAUGAUUACCUCCAAAUCGAUAACUUUAUCAAUAAUCUUCCUAUUAUACCUAGUUUCUUGCGUCUCAAGCCAGCGAGAAACCAAGUUUCUAAACCAUGGCUUUCUCGGGGCUAAUCUCUUGAAGUUUGGCUCCUCAAAGAUCCACUCGAGUGGCCUCUUGGAGCUGACAAACACUUCGAUGAGGCAAAUUGGUCAAGCUUUUCAUGGAUUUCCCAUAUCCUUCUUAAACCCAAACUCCUCCAAUUCAGUAUCUUUCUCGACGAGUUUCGUCUUCGCCAUCACUCCAGGACCAACGACACCAGGCCACGGCUUGAGCUUCGUUAUCUCUCCGUCGAUGGACUUUACUGGAGCCUUUCCCAGCAAUUAUCUUGGCCUUUUCAACACAUCCACCAAUGGAAACCCCUCAAACCGCAUUCUCGCAGUUGAGUUCGACACGGUGCAAUCAGUUGAAAUGAAAGAUAUUGAUGAUAAUCACGUAGCCAUCGACCAAAAUGGGGUGGUCUCCAUUGAAUCUGCCCCGGCUGCAUUUUUCGAUGACCGCGAGGCGAAGAACAUAAGUCUGAAGCUGGCAAGUGGGGAGCCAAUAAGAGUUUGGGUCGAAUACAACGCGACUGAGAUGAUACUCAAUGUCACAUUAGCUCCUCUAGAUCGUUUGAAACCAAGCUUGCCUCUCCUCUCUCGAAAACUAAAUCUCUCGGGGAUUAUCUCUCAAGAGAAUUAUAUUGGAUUCGCUGCUGCCACGGGAACCGUUACGAGCUCACAUUUUGUGCUAGGCUGGAGCUUCAGCAUCGAAGGGAAAGCAUCAGACUUUGAUAUUACAAAGCUUCCUUCUCUUCCAGACCCGCCACCGCCAUUUUCUCCAUCCCCAAAUCCUCCGGUUUCAGCCAAAAAGAAUUCGAACAACACGAAGUUGAUCAUAGUCUUCGUUGCAUCAGGAACAUUUGGACUCAUGUUCUUGGGCUUCUUAGGUGUUUGUGUUUUCCGUAGAAAUAAUACAUUCUUCACAGGAGGUGCAAGAAAAUUCUCCUACCAGACGAUUUCAAGUGCAACAGGUGGCUUCAACAGAUUUUUAGGAGAAGAAAACUCCGGACGUUUCUUCCGAGGUCAGCUAGCACCAACGGAGAUAAUCGCGGUAAAGAGAAUUACUUGCAGCACAAGGCAGCAAAGGCUUUCCAUGAUAGCUCAAAUCGAUGCAAUCUCCAGGGUUAGACAUAGAAACCUUGUUAAUCUAAUUGGAUACAGCAGCAGAGGAAACGAGAUCUAUCUUGUUUACAAGUAUGUUCCUAACGGCAGUCUUGAUCGCUUCCUGUUGAGCAAUGAGCGACCAGUUUUAAACUGGUCAGAUCGGUUCAAUAUCAUAAAGGGGAUUGCCAAAGCAUUGCAGUACCUUCACAGUGAGUGUCAGAGUACUCUCAUUCAUGGAAACGUCAAAAGCAGUAAUGUGCUCCUCGACGAAGAGCUGCACGCUCAGCUUGGAGAUUAUGGGCAAGGAAACAGGCAAAGCAACACAGGUCAUGUAGCUCCAGAGCUUGUUGAGGCAACCGCAGUACCAACAUGUGACACGGAUGUGUUUGCAUUUGGAGUGCUUAUAAUUGAGAUUGUAUGUGGACGUACUGCAAUUGAGCCGACAAAGCCACCAGAAGAGAUCAGUUUGGUAAAUUGGGUGUUUCAAGGGUUUAGGAAAAACAAGUUGCUCGAGUGUUGCGAUGCACGAAUCAAUCGAGAGGAAAUGGUGGCUCGGGAAGUACUACUCGUUCUUAAAUUGGGACUUCUAUGUACAAACCGAUCUCCGCAAGUCAGGCCAGUUAUGAGAAAAGUGGUACAGUAUCUUGAUGGUACUGAACCACUCCCUCAUGACGACUAAAUCUUCCAUGGAGUCUAACAAGAAAACUAAACAAACAACUCCUAAGGUGUCCAUGUAUCGUGUUGUGUUG